UCAGGGUUAAAAGUAAAAAAUAGGCUUUUCCCCCUUAUCACAGGCGGCCAAGCCAAUUAGGGUUUGAAGAAUUAUGGCGAGAAAGAGGAAACGGCCAGAAACCAAAUCAAGCAAGCCGCCGGCAUGCCUUCCACUUGAUAUCAUCUAUGAGAUACUUCUAAUAUCGCCGGCCAAAGCUGUCGGCCGGUUCCGAUGCCUCUCCAAAUCCCUCUACUCUUUCCUUACAGAUUCACAAUUCAUUCACAGACACACACUCCAGGCCAGUGACAAAGGUGAAGAUCAUCGUCUGGUUCCGACCUUUCUUCCUCAUCUUUACUUGAUAAACCUCGAAACAGCCGCUCUUGUCCCCCGUAAAUCCAUUUUAGCCAAGGAAGUGGUUCAAUCGUUCAAGCCCUGCUGGGAUUGUCGGUUUUUGGGUUCAUGUAAUGGCUUGUUGUGUCAUUACAGGUGCCCUGAUAAAUUCUUGGUGUCUAAUCCUUUAACCAGGGAGUACUGCCAAGUAUGGGUUCAUGGGUUCGGACUUGGAAAGAAUCCUUCCAUGGUUUUGGGGUUCGGAUUCGAUCAUUCAUCCAAGGACUACAAAAUCUUAAGGGGUUGGCUCUCUCGCAGCGGCGGCUGGGAAACCCAGGUUUUCUCUGUGAAAAACAACUGCUGGAAAUUGGUGGGCGUUCAAGAGUCUUCUGCAUUACCGAAAACAACAGUAGUUAAUUUACCAGUAGUCUCUCUUCACGGAGUUAUACAUUGGGAUGCUAAUCAAGAGUCGAAUUUUAAGAGCAUUGCUUCUUUCGAUUUUGUUAAAGAGGAGCUUAGGGAUAUAAUGCUGCCGCCAAGUGAUCGUGAUCAAAACCUAGUUGUCCCCAGCUGCAUAAGUGCAUUGCGAGGGCGGCUAUGCAUGAGCCGCCAAUGUUUGCAGACACAGGAUAGGACUGAUGUGUGGAUAAUGGAGGAAUAUGGGGUCCCUGAAUCUUGGACAAAGCAGCUGUCAAUUGAACUUCGGUGGAAUGUUAGAGACCACUGGGUGCCAAUUUGCCACACCAAGAAUGACAGAAUCAUUUUCCAGAAUAAGAAGAAAAGAGGGUUGAUUGUGUAUAAUCCGAAGGAUAAAAAGUUUAUCAAGCGUCGGUUUCCAAAAUGUUUGCCACUUGAUUGUCCCUACUUUUGGAUGGCAACUUAUGUUGAGACUUUGGUUUCAAUCAAGAAUUGAUGAGAAUACGGCCAGGUAUAUAUUUGAAGUUUAAUUUCUACUUCGUCUGCAGAUGAUGUAAAUGAUGUAAAUGUGUGCUAGCUUCUUCUUCUUCUUCUUCUUCUUCUUCUUCUUCUGGAACAUGAGAAAAUGAACAGGAGAUGAACAGGAAAAGAAGAGCUGCGAGCAGCAGCGUGUUCUACUGUGCAUAAAAUGAACAGGAAAUCUCAAGCUCUGCUUUUGGGUAUACAAAUUGGCCUAAUAAGAUGGUUCAUGUGCUAGGCUGCUUGCUAUUUUACCUUCUAUGAAUACUAAUGCUUUAAUUAUUAGGAAUCAUGAUCAAGAGGACAGCAUUACUUAAUGGAUUUUUAAUGAUGGUUUGAUACUUAAUUUUAUGUACCGUAUUUAGUGUUCAUUUAUUUGUUGUGUUAUUUUUCCAAUUAAUUAUGAAGACGGUA